ACAAUGUCUGCCCCAGAAACCCGAUUCGCACCUACCCAAUCUUCCUCCGUCCUCGGUGGACAAAUCGUCGGCCGCUCUGAGCGCCAGACUGUUGCCCCUCCCGCAGCUUUGAAGCUGCGCCUUGAUCUUAACCUCGAGGUUGAGAUUGCCAUCCAGGCCAAGGUCAACGGUGACAUCACCUUGUCGCUCCUCCAAUAAAUGUGUGGCAUGCUCGGAGAUUUGGAAAUGCAUUGCAUUAGUUGGUUCGAGGUAAGAAAUUUACUGC